AUGCCACUCAAAAAUCAAUUGGAAAAUGGACCAGUUACGGAAUUCGCGAGGGUGACCUUGAAAAAAGGAAUUAAAAUUGCGGAUUUGGAGGGAGAUGGGCAGUAUGCAAAUAUUUGGCGUGAGACUUUGGAUACCGUUGCUUCUCAAGAAGGAUAUACGGAUUCUUAUUAUGGGGCUGUGAUCGAGGAGACGGAGAACGAGGUGUUGUUUUGGUAUAUUAACUGGAUCUCACUCGCUCACCACAAAUCCUUCAUGGAUUCUCCUGUCUAUCCCUCUUUCCUCGAAAAUAUCGGCCCAAUUAUUGAAAGUGCAGAUAUUAUGCAUGUGGAACAACUGAACGUGAAAGAAGUUGUCGGGAAGGGUGUCUUGGAAGUAGCUAUAUCUUUUGAUGUGGAGGAUGUUUACAUCGAGGGAAUGAAAAACUUCCUAACCGCCCUCGAAAAGAUCCAGUCACAAAAGAAAAUCGCAGGAUAUCUUGGAUUCAUUGACUAUGGAGAGGUGGUUGAGAAGAUUGCUAAAAAUCGUGACGCCAAAGAGGAAGAAAAGGGAAGAGGAUUGGUUUUUAUAGUUGGGUGGGAGAAUGUGGCUUCACACACGGCUUUUCAGCAAACUCAAGAAUUCCAAGAUGCUGUUAAGCAUGUGUGCCAAGGGUCUAGUGGAUUUGAAAUGUCUCAUGUAGCACUUAAGAGUGCAUGA